AACUACCACUAUUCGUACCCUGAAGAAGCAAAAAAAAAUAAUAAUAAUAGUAACUACACCUGCUUAAUUCGGCUUUCCUCGAUCGAAUGGCUGCCAGGGCUGGUACUGAUGUUGUGAAAGCCGGAUACUGGUUUGUCGGGUAUGACAAGAUCCGGCUGGCACCAGAUAUACCUUCCGAACUCUUCACACAUCUUUAUGCUGGCUUUGCCGUGGUCGACAGUGAUACUGGCGGGGUAACCUUUCCUACCAAAUACCAGGAACAAUUCCAAACCUUCCCCACCACAGUUCGAAAACGAAACCCAACGCUGAAAGCUCUGUUAUCCAUCGGUGGUCCUGGCUCUGACAUAUCUCCAGUGGUGAGAGAUGGAGCUAAGCUUGCAAGAUUCAUAAAGGACUCCAUACAUCUAGCCUGGACGUUCGGUUACGAUGGCCUUGACCUCUACUGGCUGUUCCCCUCCCCGUUCGACAACUGUGACAACCUCAUCAAUUUGCUGAAUCCCUGGCGUGGUGCCGUGAGCCAAGAUGCCAAAAACAGAAAUAAACUUGAGUUGCUGCUAACUGCAACAGUGUUUCACCACCAGGCCAAUCCCAACAUUUCAAUCUUCUUGGACUGGAUCAACGUACUGGCCAUUGACUUCUAUACUCCCUCCAACUCACCCAAGGAGACUGGACCUGUUCAUGCCUGGCUUCAUCCUAAAGAGCCAAACAGGUGCGGAAGUGAUGGCAUUCGUCACUGGAUUAACAGUGGAGUUGCGGCCAACAAAUUAGUCUUCGGCCUUCCAUUUUAUGGCUAUGAAUGGAAGCUAAUUGACCCGAAUGUCUAUGGAUACUUUGCACCGGCUAAUCCAGCAGAUUACAAUUAUAUAGAUUACAAAAACAUCCAGAAAAUUGUUGGGAAGGCUAAAUAUCAAACCUGGUAUAAUACCGACUAUGUUGGUACCUACUCGCAUAACUAUGUGGGGAGUUGGAUUGGUUAUGAUGAUAAAAAUAGCAUCUCUGAAAAGGUUAAAAAGGCAAUUCCGACUUAUAAAUUGCGCGGUUACUUUGCAUGGAAUUUGGGCGGCGACGACGACAAAUGGACUCUUACAAAAGCAGGUCAAAAAUGGUGGCUAGUUGAGCUUGCAUUCACACUUGCUUCCGCCAUCUUCCAC